ACGAGCAUUAUUCACGGCGAAGAACAUUUCCCCGAAAAACCCUAGAAUCCCAAAAUAGAAUCCCAAAAAGAGAAAGAAAGAAAAAAUGGAGGACACGAAGCCACCACCAUUGGGAGGAAACAAUCCUCAGCAGCAGCAGCAGCAGCAACAACAACAACUUCUCUAUCAACACCAAUUACAACAGCGACAACAACAAAUGCUUCUCUUGCAACAAUUGCAAAAACAACAACAUCAACAACAGCAACAAGCAGCAAUGUCUAGAUUCCCAUCGAACAUCGACGUUCAUCUCCGUCCACCGGGUUUGAUUCAGAACCGACCCAUUAAUCCUCCGCCUCAGCAGAAUCCUAACCCUAACCCUAAUUUGGGACAACAUACACCGAAUUUUCAACAGCAGCAGCAGAUUGCAUCGAGCCAGCAGAUGAUGCAGCAGCAACAACAACAGCAGCAGCAGAAAUUGAUGAGGCCAUUGAAUCACAUCGAGCUUCAAUGCGCUUAUCAGGACGCUUGGCGUGUUUGUCACCCGAAUUUUAAACAACCUUUCUCUUCUCUUGAAGAUGCUUGCGAGAGAUUAUUACCAUAUCAUGUCGUAGCAGAUUACGAAGCAGAAGAGGAUGAUAGAAUCCUUGAUUCAGACCCAACAGGCCAGGCCUUAUCCCGCUCUCAACAAUGGGAUAACAACAUUGCUGCUAAAGUUGCUGAAUUCACAGCAACGUUUGAGAAACAAGCCCUAGCUUUUAACAUAAUAACUCGAAAGCGAGCAAUGGGAGAAUUCAGAUCUGAGGAAAGGUUGAUGGUAGAACAAGCUUUGCUACAAGAAGAAAGGAAAGCGUUGUUUGAACUGAAAGCAGAAAUGGAUAGGGAGAAGGCUGGCCGGGAGGCUCAGGAGGCUAAGCUGCGGAUGGCGGCUUUAGCUCAAGCUGGACAGUCUCAAUCACAUGCUGAGAUAAUGGCUCGUAACCCAUUGAGGGCUAAUGCGGUUGGGAAUCAGGGCAGUAAUAUUCAGCUUAGCCAUGAGAUGGGAGAGCAGGGACGUAACAUGAACCCUGAUGAGAUGAUGAAUGGAUGGGGAAACAACAGUCAAAGGGAGGAUAAGGAACCUUCAGAAGAUUUCUUGAAUGAUGAGGAGAACGAGAAUGGAGAGACAGGGGAACAAGAGAACUGGCGUGAAGCAGGGGAAUUUGAUUUGAAUAGCCGGUAAAUGACCAAGGUGAAGACUAUUUGCAGUCUCAUGUAUUCGUAACUGGAAAGGAAAUUACAGCUGCUCUUGAUAUCACUCAGAUAAGUAGAUUCAAGCUGCUAUAUAUACCGGGUUCAGGUCAAGUAUAUGGGUACCAGAUGAUGGUUCCAAGUAAGCAUUGAUUAUAUCUGUUUAAUGUUUUGUAGCUUAAGUUAGAUGUGUGCAUUACAUGUUGAUGAUUAGUGUCUUCAUGAUACAUGGAGAUGGAGAGGCUGGUUAUCUAUAACCGAAUCUUGUAAAAGGUGUAAGAGAUUCAGAUAAUAAAGCUUAGUAGCUAAGAUAGUUAAUAUAUAUGUAAGUUACUAUUACAGAAUCGUAUUGGCCAUGUAUGGAAUGAUUUGUUUUGUAAUAUGUGAAAAGAUUGUAAUAGUUGGACGGGUUUAAGGUUCA